AUGAAAGUUUUUCCUAUGCUCAUCAAGAAACAAACCUUCAGUUUGUUGAAUUGGUUACUGUGGUGGAGCUUCUGCAUGAUCAGCUUAGUCAACACACUGAAAUCAUUUUCAGCCCUCAAGGCAGCCCACAGUCAGGCUGAUCCUGAGACUAACCUGCCUGAACAGGCUCAGAUUCAGCAUAGAGGUGUGUCUCAAGGAGACAAGGUGCAGAGUGCCUGGACCUCUGUGAGCAGUUUGAGCUCCUUGAACAGCACCAUUGAUGUUGGACCAGCUGGUGACACUGCUACCAACACUGUGAUACCUAAUGCGACUCCAGGCACUGCAACUCCAGCCAUUGCCACUACAAUGACUCAUGGAAGCACUUCAGCUUCUGCCUACUGGCAUAACAUGCAUUCCCAUGUCAUUGGUGUGCCUGGUGCUUGCUUUGGAUGGUACUUCUCUCAUGCUCUUCAAGGUGGUACCAUGCAGGAGUUGCCAGUCUAA